AUGGUUACUCAAGUCGCUGGAUAUGCUCUAGACGCCAUUAAUUCUCUCACUCCCCAACAGCUUUUCUUUAUACAGUCCCUCCCAAAGGCCCGAGGUUGCAUGCCCACUUUGAAUGGUUCCAUUCCAAUCUCUGGCGCGUCACACGCGCUUGUCCUUGCCGAAUUCCUCGACGGGGACGCUCCUCAAUGUACAUAUCUAGAACUGCGCUCCACGCCCAAGGAGACUCCUGCUAUGACGAGGAUGGAAUACGUGAAGACCGUACUAGACGAGGAUCAAGCAGCGCUGAUCGUCAGCGCUGGCCGUGAAAUGGACGAGGAAACUGUUAAGGAGUGUAUUAGUAUCGCCAAGACCCUCAGAGCAGAGGGAAGACGCGUCGUAGGCGUAGAUCUAUGUGGCGAUCCGUUACGAGGCGGACACGCUAAGAGCGCCGGCCUUGGCGUCACACUACAUGUCGCCGAGACUAAAGAUAAUCCUCACCCCGAGACGCUCAAGUUCCUCGCCAUUGGUCCUGAUCGUCUCGGACACGCCACAUUCCUUAAUGACGAAACCCAAAAUAUUGUAUUAAAAGAGAACAUCGCCGUCGAGCUUUGCCUCUCCUCCAAUCUGUUAUGCAAAACCGUCGGAUCCCUAGACGUUCAUCACAUUCGUGAUUAUCUGAAGCAUGAUCACCCAAUAGCCAUUUGCACUGAUGAUAUUCUCCCUUUCCGUAAUUCCAUGCUCGGCGAAUAUGCGUUGUUGAUGGCAAACGCCCCACUGGGUCUCGGUCUUUCCGAGGACGAUGUAAGGAGGAUAGCAGAGAUGAGCAUGAAGUGUAGAUUCACGUAA